AUGACAUCAAAAUCAAUGGACGAUAUCGGCGUUAAUACGCGGGUCCUCUAUGCCAUCGGCGCUGCGGUCAUUCUGGCUGCCCCAGUCGCACAUCACUUGUUUUUCCGCCACAACAACACGAGCUUGUUGUCGCGGCUUCAGCGAUGGAUCCGACCUCCGCCUCAACAUGCCCACGGUGACGACGUUCGGAUAGACCUCACUAAUGAGUGGCUCAAGGCGCCAGUGAAAUACCAUGCCGUAUCCUAUGCCUGGGGAGACGCGCGAGACAAAGCAUACAUCACCUGCAAAGGAAAGGAGAUACAGAUCACCAGAACUCUGUUCGAAGCACUGAAGCGCUGGCGCCUCCCUAAUGAGGAGGUCGUGCUCUGGGCCGACUCUAUUUGCAUCGACCAGAGAAACACGUUUGAGAAAACACAUCAGAUAGGGCGGAUAUCGGAAAUCUACUCGAAUGCGGAAUCUGUCAAAAUUUGGCUCGGAAGUGAUGAUUCCGAGAUCGAUAGAGUCCAGGAUAUUAUCAAAGAGGCCUGUGAGAUCAUUCCUGAAGUUGUGGACGAUCCUCAACAGAACAGGAAAAGUGCAGAUAUCCUUGCCACUCGCAAUGAGUGGGUUUAUCAAGAGGCGAUCCUCAACGACAACACUUGGCUCUACUGCGGGAAGCUCAUGAUGCCUUUCCAAGCACUCUCAGAGCUGGCCCUGAGAAUGUCAACGUUUGGUAUCCAAGCUCUGCCCAAGGAUGGAACUGUGAACGACAGCAACGUGACUUUUCUCCCGAUCCGUCUUUACAACCUCUCCAUGAUGCGCAUGAGCCAAUGGUAUCGAGGCAAGCAACCUGUCACGCUGAUGGACGGUGUCAAAGCAACCAGAGCAUUUCAAUGUACAGAUCCUCGGGACCACAUUCUGGGUGUCUUAGGCUACGCCUCUGACGUUGAGAAAGAUAGCAUCAUAUCCCGGGAUAACUUGUACUCUCUCUCGCUCCUAGAGAAGAAGAACCUCGGCGUUCUGGCCUCCGCACCGCAGAGACUAAUUACCGACGUCGCGCUUUCCUGGUAUUACCGACCUAUAUACCGAUGGCAGCGGCGAAGGCUGCCAGGUCUUCCCAGCUGGGUACCGGACUUGAGAAACCAGGAGUCAGAUGCUUUGCCAAGCUACAGCGUUCGGUAUGGCAAGUUCUCGGCCGGCGGAACACAGUGUGGUAGAGUCGAAAUCAUCGACAACAAAAUACUACGGUGUUCCGGCAUGAUCGUCGAUACCAUUCAGGAAGAUGGAGUCUUCUGGCCCGAGCUACCGCUCCCGCCGAAACCUAAGCGCGUCCCGUACCCGCUCGACAAGAUGGAUGUUUACUACGCUAGGAACUCGCUAAGGUCACUCAACUACUACAAAUCUUGCGUUCGCAUUGCGUCAGGUUCAGACCGCAUUCAAGACAUGUCCACCGAGCGCCUUGCUGAUUUCUGGAAGACUCUGACAUCCGAGAGGAGCCAGCUGAGCGACCGCAUCGACGUGGACCUCUCAGAGUCUGUCAAGACGAUGAUCACGAACAUGGAGACUUGGCUCGUCUCGGAAGACCCCGAAGAGGCGAACAAGGCACGAUUGAGCUUCGUGGCGGCUGCUGUGCCAGUGGAAAUGACAAUCCUAGCUGCCGCUAGUCCACGGAGGUUCUCUCGCACAACGGCCGGCAGGCUUUGCUUAGUGCCUAGAGAGGCAAAGGUUGGAGACUCGGUAUGUCUGCUACUGGGUUCUGAGGUUCCCUUCGUGAUUCGACCUACGCGAAGAGGUAUGUAUGAGCUUAUAGGGGAUGUGUACGUCAGUGGUAUCAUGGACGGAGAAGCUGUUGCCUCUGGCGAAUAUAGUCAGGCGGAAAUCGGGAUAGAGUAGCGCAAGCAAGUGUUUUUCAAAUGCGUAUGUGAGAGCCUGGAAGUACCAAGCGUUGGAAAGAAAUAGCUU